AUGCCCAUCAAUGUUGAUGAUGUGAUGCAACUGUUCUACCAUCUAUCUCAGGAGAAGGGGAUGAAAGCUGCUGUCAAACACUCUGGUCGAGGAGCCCUGCUGGCAGGUGCAACGGCGUUUCUUGGUGGUCUGGUGGGAGGUCCACCUGGAAUCGCUGUAGGAGGAGCGUUUGGUGGAUUGCUUGGUGCCUGGAUGACUAGUGGACAGUUCAGGCCAGUCCCCCAGAUUUUAAUGGAAUUGCCUCCUGCUGAGCAGCAGAAGCUCUAUGAUGAAGCCGUUGUUAUUCUCAGGCACUUAGACUGGACUGAUAUUGCUCAGCUGACUGCUCUUGUAAUGGGAAGUGCUAGUCUCCAGCAGAAGUUGACAGCAGUGCUGAUAAAUUACCUCUCCAAAGAGCUAAGAGCAGAGAUACAGUAUGGAGAAUAA